AUGAAGAAUGAAGUUGCUCGCAUGACCAAUCUGCUCGAGCAACUUUUGAAAGUCAAAAACGGGGAGGGAACGUCUACCCAACCAAUUAUGGGAGCACCAGCAGCUCAUAUCCAAGGGACAUCUCAAAACUUGGGGGCAGAUGCAACGACAGAACAACACUUUGUGCCUAUCACCCCUAUCCUGCCAAGUCAAACUCCCAUCACCGUGGAUUUAAUAACAGAUGGACCCCCUGACAAUAGGUCCAUCGAUUUUAUGAAUUACGACAAGUUGUCUGCUUUAGAAGAAAGAUUAAGAGCAGUUGAGGGUAAUGAUUGGUUUGAUCCCAUGCGAGCAACGGAAGUGUGUUUGGUACCAAACAUCAUAGUAGCAAAGAACUUUAGGAUACCAGAGUUCAUCAAAUAUACUGGAUUGGAAUGUUCAAACACUCACCUUCGAUCUUACUGCAAUAAAAUGGCCGAGGUGAUUUAUGAUGAUAAGCUGUUAAUUUAUUUUUUCCAAGAUAGUCUAGUGGGAUCUACCCUAAGCUGGUACAUGAGGUUGGACAAUGCUAAAGUUAAGAAAUGGAAAGAUUUGGUGGAAGCUUUUCUUAAGCAGUACAAGUUCAAUUUGGAAAUUGCUCUUGAUAGAACAAGCCUUAUGUCAAUGGAAAAAGGGAGCAAGGAGUCAGUAAGGGCUUACGUGCAAAGAUGGAGAAACGAGGCAACACAUGUCCAACCACCUUUAAUAGAGACGGAGAUGGUAACCCUGUUCGCCAAUACCUUCAAGGCACCUUAUUAUGAGCAUCUAAUGGGCAGCUCAUCUCAACAUUUCUAUGAUGUUGUACGUGUGGCAGAAAGAAUAGAACAAGGGAUUAAAGCUGGGCGUAUAGCGGAAUCGUUGGAGAAGAAAGGUUUUACAGGAAGGAAAAGAGAAGGUGAUAUUAACAACUUGGAAGGCGGGUACAACGACAAGAAACUGCCACCACUACCCAUGCCCUUAAAAGACUUGUAUGCUAAACUGUUGAGUCUUGGACAAAUAACCCCAAUCUUUUUUCCACCGUUCCAACCCCCAUUUCCCGCAUGGUACAAAUCAGAAUUAACUUGUGAGUAUUAUGCUGGUAACCCGGGACACGAAAUCGAAACUUGUUAUGCUUUCAAGAAGAAGUUGCUAGAGCUUAUCAAGAUGGGCUGGGUGUCGUUCGAAGAUAAGCCCAACGUUAAUUCAAAUCCAUUGCCUAAUCAUGCUGCAAGUAAUAAUGGAGUGAGCAUGGUAAAGGUUGAGAAUCAAAGCAAAGGGUUAAAAGUACCUAUACAAAAGUUGCAUGGUAUGUUGGUACAGUCAGGGUUCCUAAAAAUGAACAAUGAACAUCAUAUGGAAAGGAGUGAUUUUUGUGAGUUCCAUGAAGAGGAGGGACAUCAUAUAAAUGAUUGCAUGGAGUUUCGUAAAAAAAUUGAGAAAAUGAUGACCAUGGGAGAACUGAGGAUUGAAGCCAUGGAGAACGGUGAUGAAAUAAGAAUGAUGGAGGGCCAAGACAGGUUGUCAGAAGUGUGUAGAGUCCAACCAGCAGCUUAUGGGCCGCCAAAGUUAAUCCUGGUUAAACCUUCCUAUACAAAGAGAAAUCACAAUGCAAUGCCCUAUAAUUACGGCUAUGCCUCCAAUGUUAGGACCCCUCUUCCUUUGUUCCAAACUGAGGUUAGUGGGUUGACUCGGAGUGGCCGGUGCUUCACACCCGAGGAGUUAAGGAAAGCAAAGAGUAAAGAGGUGGUAGACCUGGGCAAAGAACUGAAGGUUAAUAAACUAGUAACCGAAGAGGAGUCAAAUGAAUUUCUAAAGUUGAUAAAGCACAGUGAAUAUUGCACAGUAGAUCAAUUAAAGAAAACUCCAGCUAGAAUCUCCCUUAUAUCUUUGAUACUCAGCUCUGAACCGCAUCGAAACGCCUUGCAAAAGAUAUUGAAGGAACUGGACAUAACAAAACCCUUGUACAUCACCACUAGGUGCAAGGAUUGCCUCAUAGGAAAGGUGCUCGUUGAUAAUGGCUCGACUCUUAAUGUGUUGCCAAAACACAUGCUAAAAGAAAUGUCGGUUGAUGAAUCUUAUAUGAAGCCUAGUAUCAUGAUGGCAAGAGCAUAUGAUGGCUCACCAAGACCGAUAAUUGGGACUUUGGAAGUGGUGUUAUAUAUGGGACCACAAUUGUUCUUGGUGACAUUUCAAGUUAUGGAUAUCCACCCUUCCUAUAGUAUGUUGUUGGGAAGACCUUGGAUUAAUGCAGCUGGGGUAGUAACUUCCUCGUUACACCAAUGUUUGAAGUACAUCAUGAACGGGAUGUUGGUGACUGUCAAAGCUGAGGAGAUAGUAUCCAUGAUAAAGAAUGUGGCUGUACCUUUCAUCGAGGCAGAGGAUUGCAAUGAUGAAUAUAACCAUGCUUUUGAAAUUGUAAACACUGACUGGGUGCCUGAGAACACAGUGAUAAGGAUGCCAAGGAUCUCAGAAGCAGCGAGGAUGGCCGCUCAAUGUUUUUUGGAGCAUAGGAUUCCAUUUCAACAUAACCUUAUCACUGAAAAUCCAGAAAGGGUUAAUCUAAUAAUGAUGAAAUGUGCUAAUCAAAGAUUUGGGCUGGGGUAUGAGCCUAAAAAGGAGGAUCAUCGAUGGGCUGCUGGUGGAAGAAGAGAAAGAAGAAUGGCUAGGAUUCAAGGAAGAGAGCCUGAAGAAGAAGAGCUGGAAAUCCCUCCCCUAAGGGUAUCGUUCCCAAAGGCUGCAUAUGUAAUGCAACCUGAUAAAGAUGCAAAAAGCCUUAGUCAAGAACUAUCAACCAUGAGCAUAAUCACCUUGGAGAAGGAUGAAGAGGAAGGAAGUGACAUGAAUAUGGUAGCGGGAGCGGAGGAUGAAUCACUGCCACAACUGACUGUCCAUACUCUAGAGGAAGUCUCCGCCAAGACCUUUGUGCGAAAACUGGCUGUGGGUGAGAAGUUUCAAAACUGGGUGACCCAAGAAGCUCCUAUAGUGUUUAAAAUGAAUCCUGAAAGCGGACCCUCCACAACAUCACAUACACUUAACAUCAAGAAUGAAUGGCCAAACUUUAACGAACAUGUGAUUGCGGUGGAAGAAGAAGAGUGGGAUGAAAGCAAUAUCACAGAAUUCGCAAAGCUCGUGGAACAACAUGAACAGACUUGGAAGCCCGCUGCAGAAGAACUUGAAACCAUAAAUGUGGGUAAUGAUCAGUCCAAGAAAGAGUUGAAAAUAGGGACCUUAAUUACUCCAAAGCAAAGAACAACAAUGAUCGCCCUACUACAAGAAUAUACAGAUGUUUUCGUUUGGUCUUACGAGGAUACGCCUAGUUUGGAUAUAAAUAUCGUAGUACACAAGAUCCUACUGGAGGAAGGAUACAACCAGAUAAAAAUGGCUCCGGAAGAUAAGGCGAAGACAACUUUUGUUACACCUUGGGGAACAUAUUGUUACAAGGUUAUGCCAUUCGAUCUGAAGAACGCAGGGGCCACCUAUCAGAGAGCCAUGGUGGCUUUGUUUCAUGACAUGAUGCAUAAAGAAAUUGAGGUGUAUGUAGAUGAUAUGAUUGCGAAGUCAAAGAAAGGAGAAGAUCAUGUAAAGGUUUUGAGAAAGCUAUUUGAAAGGUUGAGGAAAUACGAACUAAAGCUCAACCCUGCAAAAUGUUCAUUUGGGGUUAAGUUCGAAAAGCUGCUAGGAUUUAUGGUAAGCAACAGAGGUAUAGAGGUAGAUCAUGAUAAAGUAAGGGCAAUCCAAUCUAUACCAUCCCCAAAGACCGAAAAGGAGGUAAGAGGAUUCUUGGGAAGAUUGAACUACAUCGCCCGAUUUAUAGCUUAG